CAGAGGCAAGGAGGGAGAUGGAGGGAUGAACGAGGAGGACGGACCACGAGGACCCACUGGAUACAGAGGAGAUACAGGUGUGAGAGGAGCUCAGGGGCCUGUAGGAGGGGCCGGGGGGCCCGGGCUGGUGGGCCUGCUAGGUCUACCUGGAAUGCCUGGACACGCUGGAAGAGUGCAUGUCUUACCAGGGCCGAGGGGUGACGGGGGCAACAUCGGGACCACACACAGCUGUAAUUGUUCACAAGUUCGAUUCCAGGAUCUGUUCCCAACACUAGGAGCCAUAGCUGUGGUGCCUACCGUGUACGUGGUGGAGGGCGAGCAGCAGAUGCACAGCGUUUCCUCUGAGAACGUGAUGGUCGUGAGGAGAGACACCCACAGGCUGCUGCUCUUCUCCAGAGGCCACUGGGUCCCUGUUUCUCCCAGAGCCGGGCCCCUGACACAACACCCCUGACCUGCUCAUGAGCAAGGCACUGCAGUUUCAUGGAGGUAUCUGUCUGUGCUAAUGCUUUGUCCCAAAAAUUGUCAAAUUACCUACCUACCUAGGUACCUUCCUACCUACCUCACCACAGGUGAGGUAGGUAGGUAGGUAGGUCCAAGCCUGGCUCCAAGCCUGGACCUACUGGGUCUCCAUAGCUACUGUGUCUAGGGUACAGCAUCAAUAUUGGACCUACUGGGUCUAGGGUACAGCAUCAACACUGGAUAGUGGCAGUUUGAGACUAACUGAAUGCUCACAGCCAAUGAGACUCCAUUGCUUCUCACUUGGUCUGUGUUCAGAAGUCUGGAGCAGCUGUGUGAUGAACCAGGGAUCCUGACUGCUCUAUGCUAGGACAUUAUGUUUGUGUAAUAUAUGUGUGUAGAUUAUGUUUGUCUACAUAAUGUUUUAGUUAGUUAUGUGUGUGUACAUUAUGUUUGUGUGUGUAAUGUGUGUGUGUACAUUAUGUGUGUGUGUGUAAUAUGCAUGUGUACAUCAUGUUUGUAUGUUUGUGUGUGUUAUUUGUUUGUAAUAUGUAUGUUGUGGCAACCCCACACCGUCGGUCUCACACCAUGCCAGCACCCUGAACAGCGCCCUCUCCGCGGGGAGGUAGUCAAAGGGAGAUACUUACCGUUCAGCGCAGCUGCGCUAGAUCGCUCAUCAAGCGGCCCCGGGCAAUCAUGGGCAUUGGGACCACCUGCGGGAGGGAGCCGGAAGAGGA